CUUGACUUCUUCUUGACUUGUUGCUGAACUUGGCUUACGACCAUCACAAAAAAUGUCUUCCUGCAAAGACCUGUCUUGCCGACCCAGCCCGUGUUAUCCUGACAUAUGCCCAGAUCCAUGUGUUGUUGCCCGCAAUGAGCCUUGUAUCACCUCGUGUGCAGAUUCAACAGCAGUGGUCUAUCCACCACCGGUUUCCGUGCUAUUCCCAGGACCAAUUCUCUCUUCUUCCCCUCAACACAGCGUAGUGGGAAGCACCUUACCAGCUCUACCCUACCGAGCUGGGGGCUCAUUUGGGGGUGGUGCUUUGGGUGGCCCAAUUGGUUAUGGUAGUGGCUAUGGGGGUGCUUUAGAGGGUGGUUAUGGUUAUGGGGGCUUAAGCAGUUAUGGAGGCUCAUAUGGUUAUGGGGGCUUAAGCGGUUAUGGAGGCUCAUAUGGCUAUGGUGGCUUAUGUGGUUAUGGUGCUGGAUACGGGGGUGGUUAUGGUGGCUUAUGUGGUUAUGGUGCUGGAUACGGGGGUGGCUAUGGUGGCUUAUGCGGGUAUGGGAGGAGAUAUGGUGGGAGGUGCUAUUCUUCCCGCCGUGGAAGUUGUGGCCCAUGUUAAACCCAGAAGAAAGAACCACGGAAGAGGAAACAACCAGGACAUGGAAGAGAAGAGAGAGAUUCACCAUUCAACUUAUGAAAAAUUAGAGCCUACAGCUCCACUCGAAAUCAGUGGGGGCUGUGGGUGUUCAUUGCCUAUAUAAUUCAGGGCUCUGUAUGUCUUCUUCUUGUUAUAUGUUACCUUUUCUUUAUGGUGUAGUGGUUUUGCAGUUUAGUCUUACGCUCAUAUUAUGCUUUGUCCUUUUUGAUGCUGAACAGUCUACCACAAGUGGCUUAAUCUCGUGGAAAAUGUGAGAUGAUUUACACACUGCGUGCCUGGCUGCAAGAUGGCAGAACAGAUUGUGUGACAUGCAUCACUCUGCAGCUGGUGAUGGGUUGUAGCUUUCUUUGUAACCCUGAAAAUACCAUUUCUGUACUCUGCAUUAAUUCAUUCUGUAAGUGCAAACUCUGACGUUCGUUCCCAUUAAAAAUGAUGCUGCAUCAUA